UGUCUGGGCGCCGUAGUCACCGCGCCGCUCCUGCUGGGGGCUGCCCACGGCAACCACCUGCCUCUGUCGCCUCCUCUUCCAGCGCCCAGCUCCCCCUGGCCAGAACAUCCCCCAAGAUGGCAGAGGAGGGCAGCAUUACCAGGGACUGUGAGUCCCUCAGCGUGCUCAACUGGGAUCAGGUUAGCCGGCUGCAUGAGGUCCUGACUGAGGUCGUACCCAUCCAUGGACGAGGCAACUUUCCAACCUUGGAGAUCACCCUUAAGGACAUCGUCCAGACUGUCCGCAGUCGGCUGGAGGAGGCGGGCAUCAAGGUUCAGGACGUCCGACUGAAUGGCUCUGCGGCUGGCCACGUUUUGGUCAAAGACAACGGCCUGGGUUGCAAAGAUCUGGAUCUCAUCUUUCACGUGGCUCUUCCCACAGAGGCAGAAUUUCAGCUGGUGAGAGAUGUGGUCUUGUGUUCCCUUCUGAACUUUCUGCCAGAGGGCGUGAACAAGCUCAAAAUCAGCCCGGUGACCCUGAAGGAGGCCUAUGUGCAGAAGCUGGUGAAGGUUUGCACAGACGCAGACCGCUGGAGCCUGAUUUCCCUCUCCAACAAGAAUGGCAGGAACGUGGAGCUCAAGUUCGUUGACUCAAUCCGGCGCCAGUUUGAGUUCAGCGUGGACUCCUUUCAGAUCAUCCUAGACUCUCUGCUCUUUUUCUAUGACUGCUCCAGUAAUCCCAUCUCUGAGCAUUUCCACCCCACCGUGAUCGGGGAGAGUGUGUACGGGGACUUUGAGGAAGCCUUUGACCAUCUCCAGAACCGGCUGAUCGCCACCAAGAACCCUGAGGAGAUCCGAGGCGGGGGUCUUCUUAAGUACAGCAACCUCCUGGUGCGGGACUUCAGGCCUGCAGACCAGGAGGAAAUCAAGACUCUCGAGCGCUACAUGUGCUCCAGGUUUUUCAUCGACUUCCCAGACAUCCUGGAACAGCAGAGGAAGCUGGAGACCUACCUUCAAAACCACUUCGCCGAAGAAGAGAGAAGCAAGUACGACUACCUCAUGAUUCUCCGCAGGGUUGUGAAUGAAAGCACCGUGUGCCUCAUGGGGCAUGAACGCAGGCAGACCCUGAACCUCAUCUCUCUCCUGGCCUUGCGAGUGCUGGCAGAGCAAAACAUCAUCCCCAGCGCCACCAAUGUCACCUGUUACUACCAGCCGGCUCCUUAUGUCAGCGACGGCAACUUCAACAACUAUUACAUUGCCCAUCCUCCAGUUACCUACAGCCAGCCUUAUCCUACAUGGCUGCCCUGUAACUAACCUUAAGACCCUGAGGGUUUCCGUGGUGGGAACCCAUUUAGGGCAGGGGCUCUCAGGUAGGAGAGCCUCCUCCUAGAUGUAGGUGUUUGGCUUUUAAAGGGGAGCUCAGCUCUGACUCUGCUUUUCUUUGUGAACCCAUUGGACUAGGUCCUCAGACUAUCCUGAGCCAACCCUAAAAGGACACGUAUCACAGUGCCACUCUGGAAGAUGCAAUAGGAAGUGUGACCUCUCUCCAUCUUUCUAAGAUAGUCACUAACGUGUCCCUUCCCAGACAUUAGCAAAUGGGAUUUGAACUCUGCGUAGUCUCUGAGGUUGGGAGAGUUGGGUGGCAUCUGAGAAGUGUUCAAGGCGCUCUUCUUGGCUAAGCCUACAUUCCUCUGCAGGCUCUCCUUUAGGAUUCUCAGCCGCUAUCCGCAAGCUGUGCCGAUAGUCUCCUAUUGUGUCGGUUGUAGUCGGCCCCCAAACUGAUAAAACACCAGGGUGCUCUUUGUGACUGAGUUUUCAUUCACGGGACUGAGUGUGUCUGUCUAGUCCCUGUCUGCAGAGCUGAGUAUUUCAUUCAUCAAUAAACCAAAGCCAAUA